AUGGGACAUCGUCACCGUCUAGUCUGGCUCACGAGCCUUGCUCGAUUCAUCGGCUACCCCGCGUUUGCGCUCACCGCUGCACUCCGGCUUGCCCGUCCCGCUCGAAUCCCGGAAUCGAAGCUUUUGCUCAGUGUAUUAUAUGUUCUUGCUGUUCCUACAUUUUGGGGGUUCAGAAAUGUGGUGCGUGAUAGGCUGAGAGAACGAGAGGCCAAGCGGCUGGGUGCGCGGGUGGUUCCGCGGGUAAAGGGAAAGUGGCCGGGAAAUAUCGAUAUCAUGCUCAAGCUAGUCAAAUCACUUCAUGGAUCAUAUGUUGCCUCAGUAUUGGAUGAAUUGUCCAAGGAAUACGGGAACACAUUCAAUAUGAGACUCUUAUGGGACGACAUGGCAAGUCUGCCCCCGUCUCUGUUACAUAAUCAUAACCAUCUUUGCUUCAACUCGUUCGGCAAAGGACCAAAACAACAAGCCCGGCUCGAAGGUCUCCUCGGCGAUGGGAUAUUCAACCGAGACGGGGACCUAUGGAAAUUCCACCGAAACAUGACCCGGCCAUUCUUUGUCCGAGAACGGAUCAGCGAAUUCGAUCUUUUUGACAAGUAUGCCCAGAAGUUCCUCGCUAGAAUGGAAGAACAUACGGAUACGGGUGCCAAUGGACAUCCAGGAUCUCUAUGCGAGUCGACAUUUGGGGAUUCACUUUCUUUAUCUCAUUAUUUGUUUUAUUUUUGGAUACAGGCCCGAUUAACGAUCGACGCAGCGUGCGAAUUCCUCUUUUCGUCCACGUCUGUGAAUACGCUCUCUCUCCCGCUGCCAACGGCAUAUAAAGCCGAGAUGGGAGCACGCGGGACGGCCGCGCCGACCUCGUACGGUUCGUUCGUGUCCGCAUUCGACGAGGCGCAGGGGAUCAUUCCCAUUCGGGGCCGGAUGGGCCCGGUUGUGAACGAAUGGGUUGCGCCGCUUUUGGAGAGUGCGAUUGAGCGGAGGAAAGAGUAUCUCCAAAAUGGAGGUGAAAAGGGUCAGCCGGCCGGGGACACGUUUAUCGAUGAUUUAGUUAGCUCUACCGACGACAAGAUGCUCGUCAUGGACGAACUCGUGAACAUACUCCUGGCGGCCCGGGAUACCCACUCGAACGUCUUGAAAACGUUGCGCGGGGAGAUUCUAGAGCACGUAGGUCCCGAUGCGGCGCCUACCUAUGACCAAAUCAAAGCGAUGAAGUACCGUGCGUCUUUCCUUUUGUAUUCUGCGCCCCACCUUGGCAAAGACCAACGAGUAUAUGCAGUGCGCGCCGUCUUGAACGAAACCCUCCGCCUGUUCCCGCCAGUACCCAUCAACGAACGCGCAACCUACGCGACAUGCACGAUACCGACGUCUUCUUCCGGAAGAUUGUACAUCCCAUCCGGCGUCCAAGUGCUGUUUUCGCCCCUGGUGAUGCAGCGGCGACAAGACCUGUGGGGAGCAGACGCAUGGGAAUUCGACCCUGCGCGAUGGCUGGACGAGCGCAACGAGAUGUUUAUCAAGGACCCGAUGCGGUUUGUUCCAUUUAAUGCUGGACCGAGGAUCUGCCUGGGCCAGCAGUUUGCAUACAACGAAGCGUCGUUUGUGCUGGUGCGUGUGCUGCAGCGGUUUGAUACGCUCCAGCUGGCGAUGGACGCUGCGCCUGCGGGGUCAAUACCUCCCUCCCAGUGGCAGGGCCAGAGCGGGCGAGCGAGUGUGGAAAAGGUGUGGCCAAAGAACGCGGUUACGUUGUAUUCCAAGGGCGGGAUCCACCAUCCGCACCCGUCAUCGUCCACCGGAUCCAACUACCUCGACGCACUCGCCCUCCGCAUCUCGGAAGCAGCCGGCAAAGCCAUUGCCCCCCCGACACCCCUACACAACUCGGACGGUCUGCUCCUCCACGGACGCCGCCCUCUUCCAUCUGGCCGGGGCAGACUGCUUGGUCAGCUCAUCCAGUCUGAGAUCCACACUGCUGCCCAAGCUGGCCAUGACCUUUUGCGUGCCAGCCUCCGUGCGCUUCACCGGCCCCUGAACGUGCUCUUGACCAACGUGUCUACGCUGCUGGCUCCCCUUGUUGUCUUGCCCCCUACCAACGUGCUUGUCCCUUCCAGUCCCUGGGUCCAGCUCGGCGCUUCCCAGGCUCAUGCGUUGGGCCUUGCCACCCUUGUCGCUGAAUUGCUCGCGUCGCUGGAUGCCCUUCCCGGAGACUGUGCCAAGCCUGUCUUGACUGCUGUCCGAACCGAACUAGUCGCACUCGUCGAUGCCCUCGAACAGGCCCCGCUUGGCGGUGGAAAAAAGGACAACCCGCUCGCUGGGCCCGUUGCCCCGGGUGCUAUUGCGGCGUGCGAGAUUGCCGUUGUCUGGCGCGCAAUGGUCGCCCUGGCCCAUCGCAAGAUCGAUCCAAACUCGACCAAGCCGCUGUCUACCAAGUCUUCUGGACCGCUCAAGUCUUCCUCGCCCACCAACAAGCCCAAAUCGACCCUUCCGCGUCGUCUUACCCCGCCCAGCACCCCUCCUCCCGCACGCUUCCUCCUCCCCACGUCCCGCCCUCCAUCACCGCCUACAUCCAUUUCGCCCAGUGUCCAACUCGCAAACGAUGCCAAGAUUGUAUUGUCCUUGUUGGACGGCAUGCCUCGGCCAGCGGGCGAUGAUGCCAAGGAAGCCGACAUGCUCGUCCGGCUCAUUGACGGCGAACGUCGUUCCUCCUGCCACCACCAGCUCUCUCAAAUCCAGCACCCCGCUCCUGUCCUCGACCUCGUCCGCCACAUCAACUUCCUCGGAAGAAGACGAGCUCCCGGCCCUGCUGGUCAUCCCCACCCUCUUGCACGGCACGUCCGUUGCCGCCUUCUCGAAAUCGACGAGGCGGCCUAUCGCGAGCGGUGUUUGAGCGGGUUUGGACGCGCCGAGGCGAGCGAAGGUGUCGUUGUCCGCGCGGUCCUGGCGAGGUUGGAAGAGCAGCAUGCGGUCGAUGCGCGUGUUCCUGCCUGGGUCAAGGCGUGGAUGAAGACCCGGGCUGAGGAUUGA